AUGGCACAUCGAUUCGCGACGCUGGAUGGCCUGGAUGACUUGGCGCCGGAUCGAGCACGCUGUGUACUGACGCACGCCAGCAAAGAUCUUAUAGAUCAUGGCUUGCUAGACGCGGCGCAAUGGUGUUUGGAACUGCUAACGUGCGUGCCAGACUCUCAUGUACAUCCGACCAGCACGCCGCGUCUAGGUGCAGGGGACGACUCGCACAGAUUUCCUGUGCACUCUACGCCUGCUCUCAAUCUGGAGUCACCUUCAUGGAAUGCUCACAAGAUGCCGGAAGAAGGUGCGCCAUCAUGGACGAGUUGGGAGCACGCGUCGCCGUCAGGUCCAAGCAGCCGUAUCAUACCCUCACCAGCGCGCUCGAUGGAUCCGCCGACGUCACCAGAAGCUUCUUUGCAUGUGAAAAUCAAUGAGCCUAUACCAACUUCUUUUGAAGAACACUUUGACGCGACAUACAUGCUGGCCAAAACGUUUUUUGAUCGCGAUAAUUACCACGCAUGUGUGUCGUUGCUGGAGUCGCAGCCACAUUUGACGGACAAGGCACGCUUUUUGAUGCUGUAUGCGAGAUUGCUUAUUUUUGACACGCAUCCCAGCCAUCCUAACGCGCUACUCCCCCCUCUGGCGUACGCGGACAAGCACGAUAGGGAAGGUGCCCAUCCCACGCUCGUGUCCCUGUUACAAGAGCUCGUAUCGCCGACCGACCCCUUUCUUCUUUUUUUAAAAGGGGUGAUCUUUCGCAUGCUGCACAAGCGUAUUGAUGCGAUGGACUGCCUCAUUUCGAGCGUGCGCGCGUUCCCUUACAACUGGAGCGCAUGGAAAGAACUCAGUCGCACUCUCAACUUGAAGAACGCCGAGCGAGAGCAGAUUCUCGACCUUUUGCCUGCGUCGUUUAUGAGUGUUUUCUUUCUGGAGUACACGCAGAGGCAGUCGACUCAGAUUGAUGACGGACACUUUGAGCGCAUUGAUGCGCUUCUCUCGCAUUUUCCAGGAUCGGCGUACCUAUUGACGUGCCGAGCCCAAUCGCUGUAUUUGCAUCAAGAUCUGGAGGAGGCAGCCGAUACAUUUCAGCACGCCCUGGAACUGCAGCCGUACCGCCUCGACGGCAUUAGUGAGUACUCGAACACACUCUAUGUGCUCGACCGCGAAGAUACACUCGCGCAGCUGGUGCAGCAGUUUGCCCAUGUAUCCAAUAGUGCUGAGGUGUGGUGCAUGCGGGGCAACUUUUAUAACCAGCGCAGUGAGCACUUUCGUGCGGUCGAGUCGUUCAAGCAGGCGCUGCGCAUGGACAGGGGAUGUGUCGCGGCUUGGAUCCUAUUGGGCCACGAAUAUCUGGAAGUCAAGAACAGUCAUGCCGCUGCUGAGAUGUACCGCCGUGCGAUUGAAAUGAAUCCACACGAUUACCGGCCAUGGCACGGCCUGGGGCAUGUAUAUGAGCUGAAUGAGGCAUGGUCUGCGGCCAUUGAUUAUUACCAGCAGUGUGCGAUGAUCCGGCCGUAUGAUGCGCGCAUGUGGGCAUCCCUGGGCGUAUGCUACGACCGGCUAGGCCAGCGUGCGCAGGCCAUUGAGUGCUUCAAACGGCACUUGGCCUGCCCACUCACGCAUCUGGAAUCGAUCGAGGCCAUCGCCCGGAUCAUUGAGCUGUAUGAGCAGGACGGUGACUCGGUGCAUGCCACCAUGUACCACUGCCUGCUGGUGCAGGUGGUCGACCGCAACAUGGCCCAGAUGGACCCGGCCCUGCUCGCGCGCUUUGUGUUUAGCUACAUUAUUGCGGCUCGCUGGGAGAUGGGCGAGCUCCACGGCCGCCUAUACUACUCCAGGCAAGACAAGCAGCGCGGCCGCGUGGCCGACACAGCUGCCCCUGCGGGCGACUUGCAGCGGGCGCACGACUACUUGCAAAAGGUGCUGCUAGCCGGUACGGACAUGACGCCCGUGGCUGAAGAGCUGCUGGCGAGAUUGCAGAAACAGAUCUAA